AUGGGGGACACGGUGCUGCGUGAGCGGUUGCCAAUAUUAUGGAGACGUAUUGAGGAUGCGCACUACAGUUACCUCGAAAUUGACGAUAGCCCUGAAAAACUUCAGCAGAAGAAGAAGCUUGAAGGAUAUAUUCUCGAAUAUCUCACACUAGUGCCUCACGAAUGUAAGUUUGGUUUAGCAGAAACAGGCAAAGUGUUUCAGCGGACGAUCAACGAAUUGCCAGAGUUCAGCGCGUACAGAGCCGGUAUAGGAUGGGCGGCCAUUGCCAGGUAUGCCGGCAACCUCCUGGCACAACCCUGGCGGAAGGAGUAUAGGGUUAUACGACUCUACUCAGGUUUCUACAAACACGAAGUAGAAUCUAACAUGGUGGGUGCAGAAACAAUGCUGCAGGCGAUGGGUUACCGCGCGGUGGGUGCGGGUCGCCUCGCAUUAGAUGGACCCGUGUGUCCAGAUAUGGCCGCGGCUAUAUCUAGAGACGCUAUUAUAGCUCAUUGCGAGUGUCAGAUAAUGUCGCAAAUAUGGGAAGCUGUGUGGAGUGGUGGUGCGCGCGUGUCGUGGGCGGAGAUAGUGAGGGAGAGAUCCGCACACGUGGCCUCAGUGACGGCGGCUGCGGCUCGCUUGAGUGGUUACACUGAUGAUGGCGAUAUUUAUACGAACGUACCUGCAACAACAUCAGAUCCUAAUCGGAGGCUAAUAGACUCGCAAUAUCAAGUCACACCACAGUGUCACUGUUCAGAAUCUCUAGAAGAACCUGUUCAACCUGUGAUAAAUCCGUACAUGAUGUCCAAUAUGGUUCCACCACACUUGAUGUACUCCAUGCAACACAUAAACCCCGAUAUACCAGUGACGGUGCCUCAAUGUAACCCAAUUCCCAUGAUGACCCCUUAUGGGCCUGUACCCUAUUACUACCCUGUACAAACACCAUACAUGAUACCCACCCCCGUAUACGCUCCAAUAAAACAUGCGACAACCAUUCAAGUUAAUGGAUAUCCUAUGCCAUACAGAUAUCCAUCAGUACCAACGGCCCAAUUAAUAGAACUAGAAGCGCCCUCUUUAUACGAAAAUGGUAAAUUCGAAAGGCAUGAAGAUAGGAAUCAUAGAAAAAAUAUGCACACAACAAAACGUACCUCGAAGUCUGCUUUUAGUGAUGUGUCGAUACCGAGCUUGCCAAGAUCCGAUACACAGCCAACUUUGAGUAAAGCGAAGGAAGACGGUAUGGGGACGUAUGAAAGUUGGGACUAUGUGUUUCGGAACUUGUCAAGUAAAGAACAGGACGGGGAUAGUAGAAGUGGUUUUUCACAAUCGUUGGACAGAGAUUCUAGAACGCUUGACAGAUUAGAUAGAGAAGAAAGGAGAUCCAAAUAUCAACCAACAACCCUUGAUUUAGAGGAUGGUCUACAAGCGUUAAACCUUGAUAGAUCUUAUGAUGAAGAAAUAUACAGGACAGCAAAAGUAAAUGAGAAUCUGAUGAGGUUAAAAUUAGAACAGGAACAGAAGAAGGCUAGGCAGCUAGCAAAAAAAUAUCCUGAUGAUAGGAAGCCUAAGAAAUCUUUAGAACCCAUUGGUAACCCAAAGGCAGAUGGUCUAGUCACACAGAAGGUGGCACCAGAUAAAGUGAAACUAUUAACUAAGAAGGAGAUAAAAGAUAGAAAAGAUAUAAUUAAACAACAAAAUUCGGUGAAUGGUUCUGUGCCAAAUACAGCUGAAGUUAAAAAAGUGAAAAAGCCAACGAAGCUAGUUGCAGUUGAAGUGGACAAGACGAAAACCAAGCCAGUGGAAAAUGGAGUACACAAAUCUGGUCACAGCACCAGAAGUACAGUGGUACCCACCAAUCACCAAGCGAACUACGACAUAAAGGCGCAGCUAGUGGUUUCACUCGACGAACCGGACUUUAUACGACGAUCGCCACCGAAAAACCAAAAUGGCGAACGUGAAAAAGACCGUGAACGCGAACGUGAACGUGAACGUUCUUCGAGCCGAGCGAGCACCCAUGACACCAAAACCGACAAAUGGCAGUGCGGUACGUGCACAUAUCUUAACAAACAGUCUGCAAUAGCGUGUGAAAUGUGUGGAAAGUCUAAAAAGGGGCCAGAAAUUGAACCCCUUACCUCCGGUGGACGAGAGUGUCCCGUGUGUACACUAGUCAAUAAGAGAGACGCUACUACGUGUGACGCGUGUGCAUCGAGUCUAGAACAUUGCCCUACAUAUAUA